AUGACCACUGUGCCCCAUCCACCCUAUUCACCCGACCUGACUCCCUGCGACUUCUUUUUAUUCCCCAGAAUGAAAAGGAACGUGAAAGGAAAGCGUUUCGCGGACAUUGAUGAAGUUAAAAAAAAAAAAUUGACGGAGGCGUUGGCAGGCAUCUUAAAAAAUGAGUUUAAAAAGUGCUUCAAAAAUUGGAACAAAAGAUUGGACAAGUGCAUUAACUCCAACGGAGAGUACUUUAAAGGAGAUUAA